AUGGCCCAUUACAAAGCCGCCAACUCAAAGCGUGAGCAGUUCCGGAGGUACUUGGAGAAGUUGGGGGUGCUAGACACGUUGACCAAGGUGUUGGUAACCUUAUAUGAAGAACCAGAGAAACCUACUAGUGCCUUGGAUUUUUUAAAGCAUCACUUAGGAGCUGCUACCCCAGAAAUUGAGCUGCUUCGCCUAGAAUUGGCAGAAAUGAAAGAGAAAUAUGAAGCUACUAUAGAAGAAAAUAAAAAACUGAAAGCAAAGCUUGCUCAGUAUGAGCCACCUCAGGAGAAGCGUGCUGAAUAG